GGUCUGCGCCGCUGUGUGUGUUGGCAGUCAGUCGAAUCGAAGAGAGCGAAGCGCUGGAUUCAAGUGUUAACCUGGUUCCCUGUGGUUCAGAAAUACUCAGUCCUUGCAGUCUGCAGGGAAGGGAUGUGAUCUGGAUGGCUGACAGAAACGGACGUGGACCAAUCACAUGAUAAGAUGCUGGCUCGUAACCGCUUCCUCCUCCUGGUGGUGGUGGGCGGAGCUGCGCUGGCCAUCAUCAGUCUGAGCCUCCAGUUCUUGAACCUGAUCCCCAUCACUCCCAUACUGGAGGAGCGACCCUUCCAGGCUGCAGAUGGAGUUGUUGGUGGGAAUCUUGGAAAAAGCCGGAAAAGAGUUUUCCCAGUGCUUCAAACCCAGGAGCCUGAUCCCAUGGCCGGGGCUUCUGACUACUGCAACACCCCCAACCGCAGUGAGCAGGCAUGGGAGGGUCACAGUCCGGCAGACUACAAGUUGCUGUCUGUCCAGGUGAUGAUCCGCCACGGUGACCGGUACCCAAUCUACUCAAUCCCCAAGACCAAAAGACCCACCAUAGACUGCACCCUGUCCAGCAGCAGGAAGCCUUCCCACCCUCUGCUGAACUCCUUCAUCAGCCACAUGGGCCAAGGAGGGCGCGGCCACUGGGAGGCGCCACUGAGCUCUGUCCCCCGUCUGCCCAAUCACAGUGCCUGUGAGAUGGGAGAGCUCACGCAGACAGGUGUUGUUCAGCAUCUACGCAACGGGCAGGUCCUCCAACAAGCCUACAGACGUCACAACCUCCUCCCCUCUAGCUGGUCCCCGCCCCAGGUGUGGGUUGAGACCACAGGUAAGAGUCGCACCCUCCAGAGUGGACUGGCCUUCCUCUAUGGCUUGCUCCCAGAGUUUGAUUGGACGAAGCUGACCGUGCGGCACCAGUGGAGCACGUUGUUCUGCGGCUCGGCUUGCGACUGCCCUGCUAGAAACCGUUACCUGGAGGAGGAGCAGAGGAGGCAGUAUCGCCUCAGGGUGAGCGAUACUGAGCUGGAGAGGACAUAUGUCGAAAUGGCUCGGACUUUGGGUAUGCUCACCCGCCAGCUCCGAGCUGCAAACCCCAUCGACUCUCUCCUGUGCCACCUGUGCCACGGCAUCUCUUUCCCUUGUGUUUCCACGGGGAAUGGCGGUACAGGUGGAUGUCUGACAAUGGCACAGUUUGCCGUGAUUCGUCGACAGCAGUUUGAUGAUGAAGUUGAUCGUAAAAGAGUCGGGUUGUACCGUAAAUACGCAAUCCUUGCCAUGUACCCAUACCUCAACAGAACUGCCAACAAAAUGGAACGUGUUGCGAGGGCCAAUGAGGCCGGUCGGCAGCCUCGUGCAGGAGGCGAGGAGGUCUUCACCCUCUCUUCAGCUCAUGAUGUCACCGUGGCCCCAUUGUUGAGCGCUCUGGGACUCGAGGACAGCCGCUUCCCACGUUUUGCAGCGAGAGUAGUCUUCGAACUGUGGAAGAGUCCUCCAGCGACUCAAGGACAGCCAAAGAAGAAAGCUGGUAAAGGUGAGAGGUCAAAGGCGAAAGAUGGAGAGCUGUUCCUCAGGGUGCUCUACAACGGUGAGGACGUGACGUUUCACACCACCUUCUGUCGCUCACAUGACCGCCACGCUGGCCACCCCCUCUGCCCUCUGAAGAACUUCCUGUCUUACGUCAGGAGAGAUAUGUUCAAGGUUGUCAACGCUACAUCCUACCAGGAGGCCUGCUACGGGCCCCCUGUGUGACAGAUGGCGAGGACGGGGCCUGAACAAGGAUGAUGAGUCGGCAGAUGGUCUUUUUCUAGUCUCUUUCCACUUUGAAGACGGUGCACUUUUAUGCUGCUCAUAGUGUCUUAAAAUCCCACAUUCUUUGAAAUGAUGUACUUGACAUUCCUGAGCACAGAGACAGUAGCAGACGCAGUGAGUCAUAACUUUGUCUGGUGUUUCACUCUCUAACCUUUUUCUACAAACCUUUCAGAAUAACUUUCUGAGUACUCUGGAGUUCUCCUCAGCGUGUCUGGGAGAGAUCAGUAAGGGAAGACGUUUGGCACUUCGCCACUUUAUUUCUACAUUCCACCAUAUCAUGGAAUUUUUAAAUUCCAGCAUUUCUAAAUGAUGAAAAAAGGGGGCACUGAUGCUUGAAAUACUUUGCUGGAUAAAUCAUUCCUUGAAAUAUUUUGUGUAUAUGAAUUAUUUGAAUGAAAAUACACUCUAGACUUGUUUAGCACAGAGGACCCAAUAUGACACAUUAUCGUUUUUUUGUUUUAACGUUGAUUCUUUGCAAUAGGCCGUCUGUUUUAUUGCAGGGGCCAUCUUCAUUUUGACUUCUACUUUUUUAAUUUCAUAUAAGUAACAAAAGGUACUUUAAAAAGACAAAUGUAGGAAGCUACAGUAAGUCUGUAUUUCUAGUUGUUGAUGAAAUAAUUACACUCCACUUGUUGAUUUUGCUUGAAGGAAACUGAAUCUAAUAAAGUUUGAUUCUGAGCAGGAA